ACAAGAAGAAGACAAAGACGGGGAGGCGGAGGUGGACGGACGGUAACGCAGAACCCGUGAUCAUAAUAACGGAUCUACCUCGUUAUUUGGGUUUAUUACUGAAUAUGACAAUGGAGCUUUCUUUUAACCAGUCCUACGGUAGUUUUGUGAAGACAGAGUUGUGGUCGCAUGGGCUCUACCAGAAGGGGCGUGACUUCGCCGCUCCAUAACUCGCUCCAGUUCCUCUGCUUGCGAUCAUUGCGAUCACCAUUUAUUGAUCCAUUCAUUCAAAAGAUCCUAAGACAAAGACUGGCAUUCUAUUUUCAGUGUAACUUGUUUUUUAAACCUGACGCACCAUCAUAUCUGUCUGAUUUAUUGCACCCACACGUUCCAGAAAUAGAAAAAAUAUCUUAAAAAACGUAACGAGUGUAACGCACACUUCUGAAGACCUCAGUCCUCAGGAUCCUAAGAGGUCAUUACAAUGUCGUCUGGCUACCCACCCCAGUCCCCUGCUGUGGCCAAGACAGAGGUCCCCUUAGAUGGAGAAUGCCCCCUCUUGGCGGCCACCUUUGCUUAUUGGGACAACAUUUUGGGUCCACGUGUGCGUCACAUCUGGGCCCCUCGGGUUGAUCAGUCUCUUUUGCUCAGUGAUGGAGAAAUCACUUUCCUGGCCAACCACACCCUGAACGGUGAGAUCCUGCGCAGCGCCGAGUGCGGCGCCGUGGACGUCAAGUUCUUUGUCCUGGCAGAGAAAGGUGUGAUCAUUGUGUCCCUGAUCUUCGACGGAGAGCUGAAGGGGGAUAAGAACACCUGUGCCCUCUCGAUCAUCCUGCCGCAGACCGAGCUGGCCUUCUACCUCCCUCUCCACGCUAUAUGCGUUGAACGGUUUCAACACGUCAUCCGCAAGGGACGCAUUUGGAUGCAAAAGGGUUACAACAUUAUCUCGGUGUUGAGCUCGGAGAUCCUUCCUAUCAUGGAGUUACUGGCCUCUAUGAAAACGCAUCGAGUGCAGGAGGAUAUAGACAUCAGAGACACGGUUUUAAAUGACGAUGAUAUCGGAGACAGCUGCCAUGAAGAUUUCCUCCACAAAGCCAUCAGUUCUCAUCUGCAGACCUGCGGCUGUUCCAUGGUUGUUGGAAGUAACCCGGAUAAAGUGAACAAGAUGGUUCGGACGCUCUGCCUCUUUCUCACGCCGUCUGAAAGGAAAUGUUCCCGCCUUUGCAAGGCAGACUCUUCCUUCAAGUACGAGACUGGCCUGUUUGUUCAGGGGCUGCUCAAGGACUCCACCGGUAGCUUUGUGCUGCCCUUCAGACAGGUGCUGUACUCGCCUUACCCGACUACACACAUCGACGUGGACAUCAACACCGUGAAGCAAAUGCCGCCGUGCCAAGAACACACCUAUAACCAGCGGCGCUAUAUGCGUUCAGAGCUCAGUGCGCUAUGGCGGGCAGUCAGUGAGGAUGACAUCGCUCCCGACAUGAUCAUUCACACCGACGAGGGUUUCACACCUGACCUAAAUAUCUUUCAAGAUGUCAUGCACAGAGAUACACUGGUGAAGUCAUUCAUUGAUGAGGUGUUCAUGUUAAAGCCCAGUCUGUCCCUGCGGAGCACCUACGUCACCCAGUUCCUGCUGCUAAUCCACAGAAAGGCUCUGACCCUUCUGAAGUACAUCGAAGAUGAGACUCAAAAAGGGAAGAAGCCGUUCCGCUCCCUGCGCAGCCUGAAGGCGGACCUGGACCUGGCGGUGGACGGAGACCUCAGCAUUGUGAUGGCGCUCGCUGAGAAGCUCCGAGCAGGACUGCACUCGUUCGUAUUUGGGGUGCCCUGCUACACCAGCGCCCAGGACAGAGACGUGCACAUGAACCUUUAAUCUUCUUGGGUUACAGAUGUCACAUCCAACAAAAACUGAGCCUAAUGUAUUUAUUGGAUUGUAAUUAAGUGACUUUAUCAGCCUUGUUCAUUAAGAUAAUCUAAUCAAUCUGUCUUAUCUACAUCUUAAUUUAAAUUUGCCACAAGGAUGAAGCUUUUAUUUUUAAUUGAUCCUAUGAAAUGGGUCUACACCUAGUAUUCAAUCGUCGUGCUGUGGCAUGUUUUCAAUAACAAUUUGUCUUUGAAUUUUAAUGUUCAAAAAAAGUGUUUGAUUUGCCCAUUGUUGUAUUGUCUUUAUAUGUAUUGCAACCAACUGUUAAUAAAACGAUAAAUAGCUCAUGCCUCUAGCGCAUCAAAUUAUUAUUUUGUGAAAUGUUAUGUUUGAACUGCCGACAUAUUAAUUUAUUCUAUUUUAUCCUAUAUUUAAUUGAUCUCUUAUGUCCCUGCUUGUUUAUAUGGUGUUAUAUAUAUAUCACUGUCUGUUCAUUGUUAUUGUCUUAAUGUAUGCACCUUAUUCACCAAGCCAAAUUCCUGGGUGGUGUAAAACCCUUGGCAAUUAAAUCCUUUCUGAUUCUGAUUCUGAUUC